UUUCCCUCUAUUUUUCGUAUUUCUUUUAAAGAUUUUAUUUAUUUGAGAGAACACAAGCAGGCAGGAGGGGCAGAGGGAGAAGCCGACUCCAGGGUGAGCAGGGACUCCCAGCCAGGGCCGGAUCCCCGAGACUAUGACCUGAACCGAAGGCAGACGCUUAACCGACUGAGCCACCCAGGUACCCCUGUAUUUUUCAUACUAAUAUUUUUGCAGUUACUGAAAGUUCCGCGUUACGAUAAAUCCAGCUAUGGUUUGUUAGGGCGAGCGCACUGCGCGGUGGCGGGAGAUCGUUGCAGGCCCACACCGGGACCGGUAGGUGGCGAGAACAAAGACGAAGCGCAGCCGCGCCGGGGCGUGCGCGUCGGGGCGGAGCCUCGGACUGCGUCUAGGGGUGGGGCCUGGAUCCGGUCCUCCCGAGUCCUGAGCGGUCCGCGCAAGUAUCCAUGGCCCGACCGCGCGUGCGGCUGGUGGUCACCGCAGACGACUUUGGUUACUGCCCGCGGCGCGAUGAAGGCAUCGUAGAGGCCUUCCUGGCGGGGGCUGUGACCAGCGUAUCCCUGCUGGUCAACGGCGCAGCCGCAGAGAGCGCGGCGGAGCUGGCCGGCAGGCACCAAAUCCCCACGGGCCUCCACGCCAACCUGUCCGAGGGCCGCCCAGUGGGCCCGGCCCGCCACGGCGCCUCGUCGCUGCUCAGCCCCGAAGGCUUCUUCCUCGGCAAGAUGGGAUUUCGAGAGGCGGUGGCGGCCGGAGACGUAGCCUUGCCCCAGGUGCGGGAAGAGCUGGAGGCCCAGUUGAUACGCUUCCGGGAAUUACUGGGAGGGGACCCCACGCAUGUGGACGGGCACCAACACGUGCACGUGCUCCCAGGCGUGUGCCAGGUGUUCGCAGAGACGCUGCAGGCCAACGGGGUGCGCUUCACACGGUUGCCGGUGGAGCGCGGGGUGGGCGGCUGCGCGUGGCUCGAGGCCCCCGCGCGUGCCUUCGCCUGUGCGGUGGAGCGCGACGCCCGGGCCGCCAUGGGCCCCUUCUCCCGCUACGGCCUACGGUGGACGGAUGCCUUCGUGGGCCUGAGCACAUGCGGUCGGCACAUGUCUGCUCACCGCGUAACUGGAGCACUAGCGCGGGCCCUGGAAGGCAUACCAACCGGCCGCGCCCUGACAGCCGAGCUGAUGGCACACCCUGGCUACCCGAGUGUGCCUCCCGCCGGGGGCUGCGGGGAGGGCCCUGAUGCCUUUUCCUGCUCUUGGGAGCGGCUGCAUGAACUGCGUAUCCUCACUGCGCCCACACUUCGGGCCCGGCUUGCACAGGACGGAGUGCAGCUCUGCACACUCCACGACCUAGACUCCAAAAGGCCUGGGGAAGGGAUCCUUGGAGAAGCCACUCUGGAAACAUUCCUGGAGCCCUCCGCACCAUGCCCCUGACAGCCAGCCAAGCAUAAAUGUCCUUUGGUGCGCAGAAAGGGGGCCAGUGUCAAGCCCUGGGACAGCCUGGAACCAGGCCGAGAGCAGGGGCCGAGUAACAUACUUCCCUGGGCGGGCCCCUGUCACCUCUGUGUCCAGGUCCUCAUGGCUCAGAAUGGCAGCCAGAGCUUUGGCAACCCAUCUUGGCUGCAGGCAGGUAGGCCCUGUGACAACUGAGCCUGGGGCCUGCCAAAGCAUCUUCCUUGGUUCAGAUGUAGUAGAGAGAGAUCGCUGUAUUAAUAAAAGAUAUGUCUUGUAAA